AUGCCUAGACCACUGCUGACCUUACGCAGGUUUCCUGAUGCCAGCGUCUCCAGCGAGAUCUUGAGAGGAGACAUCGACAGCAUUGCUGCUAUCGGUGGUGGUGGCGUUACUGUUGUGCCUCAUUACAUCUUCGGACUACCCAUUGAUGGCAUUGAGCCUCCAACAGACUGGGCCAUGUACGGCUAUGGAACUCCGGCAUUUAAUAACAUCUUCCGAGAAAUUUUAAAAGUUGGGCAAGAAAAUAAAGUGCAGAUUGAUUCCGGGCUCGGCGCUAGCCAGGGACAAGGCAUCCCUGCGCCUGUUGAAUCCAUAGGUCUUGCGGUACAGCUUCUUGCCGGUAAUGUAACUCUACAGCCUGGUGAGUCAUUCGAGGGUCAUGUUCCCCCACCGUCGGAGCUGCCGCAGGAAGUAAGCGAAGGAGAAGCAUACCAACAUGCGAUGGAAUCAUUUGGCAACCCGAACCUUGCAGCCACAAUUGCUGUGCAGAUCGUCAAUUCUGCUAUGGAUGGCCCAGAGCCAGUCUAUUACAUCGACGAAGAUACAAUCGUUGAUUUGUCCGACCAGGUAGAGGAAGGCCAGCUGUCGUUGACUGCCCCCGAUAGCGAAUCCGAGUGGCGGUUGCUUACAUUCUGGGAGGGCUACACCAACCAAAGGUCGAUAAAGGGCGGCAUAAAUGCAACAAACUUUCUCGGCAACGGCUCUUGGGUCGUUGAUCACUUUUCGAAGGCGGGGGCACAACUGAUGACCAACUUCGUGGACGAAUAUGUUCUCAACGACAGCGAAGUUAGGGACUUGGUUAAGAGCCUCAAAAGCAAAGGAUUUGAAGAUAGCAUAGAGAUUCUCUCUUCGAUGUGGUGGACCCCAGGCUUCCUGGAUAGAUUCGAAAGAGCCAAGGGCUACAGUUUGGUCAGGUACCUACCAUUGAUCUUCGUUGCCCACAACCAGUUCCGGCAAUCCCAUUCCACAUACCACGAGGAAUACAUCUACGGACCCUAUUCUGCGCAAAACAUUAGUCUGUACAACUUGGACUAUCUUGAUGUCUUGACAAGUUGCUAUGGAGAAUACUUGCAAGCGCUCACCGACUGGUCUCGUGGGGUAGGCAUGGAGUAUUCUGCUCAAACGGCUUACAAUAUACCUGUCGACAUGUCUGCUUCGAUACCUCAUGUGGAUCUACCACAAACAGAAACUCUCGCGUUUCUCGAUGUUGUGGAUAAAUACAAAGAAUUCACGGGACCAGCGCAUGUUGCAAAUGCUAAGAUUAUUUCCACGGAGCUUGGUGCUACAAUGGUGACAUAUACACAGAUGCUCUCAAGUUUGAUCUGGCAAGCAAAGCGGUCUUGGGCUGCCGGAGUCAACGACAUUGUCAUUCACGGGGCGCAGUAUUCUGGAGACUACGUGGAUACGACAUGGCCCGGAUUCCAAGGACUUUUCUUGAUUGCAACAGAAAACUGGGGUCCAUUACAGCCUGCGUGGCAGCACUUCAGUGACAUAACAGAUUUCUUCGGACGAAACAACAUGGUGCUCCAACAAGGGAUAUCAAAAGUUGACCUUGCCUUCUAUCUCCACAAACCUACCUUCAUUCAAGGACAGGAGAACUAUGGCAUGAGUCAGUUGUUAGAAAAAGGAUACACUCACGAGUAUCUUGGUCCUAGCAACUUUGAUCUUCCUCUGGCCGAAGUAAGUGACAAUACCCUGGCGCCUGAGGGGCCAGGCUAUAAGGCCUUAGUGCUCUAUGACCAGACUGGCAUCUCAAGUGCGGCUGCCUCGCGUUUGCUAUCAUAUGCCAAAAGUGGGCUUCCCAUCUUCUUCGUCGGACAACCCCCACAGAAUGCGAUUUCAGCUGUCGAAACAGAACAAAUCAAGGUCUCCGAGCUCAUGGACGAGGUACUCUCCAUCAAGUUGGACAAUGUGCACCAACUGGACACUUUCCAAGACCUCCUUAAUGCACUUGAGGACCAGGAGAUUGAACCGCGAGUGAAGCUCGAUUGUCCUAAUAACAACGUUUACACUGUGUGGCGCUCUGAUGCUGACUCCAGCAACGAAUAUGUCUACAUCUAUAACGAUGAUUCCCAAUCGGUAUCGUGCAGCUUCACUUUCCGUUCGAUCCUGACCAAACCAACUACAUAUAUUCUCAAUGCUUGGACUGGCGAGACUACCCUACUCCUAAAUUCGACAAAGGAAGAAACAUCCACCCUCACGACAACAUUGAAAAUGGCUGCCAAUGAAACGACACUUCUGGCUUUCACAGAGCAACGCAUCUCACCGCCAGCCGUCCAGGUGUCGAACAAUGUCUAUUUUACAAAAGUCAUCGUUGAGGGAUCCGAUAUACGCCUCUCUGCUGCUUUCUCACAACCAGGAGAGGUUGCCACCGAAGACAGCGUCAUCUCACACAACAGCUCUGUCGCACCACCAACAGCCCUCGAAGAGUGGGAUCUGACGAUCUCCGCCUGGCACGGGCCGUCCCCUGAUGACGAAGACGCAAUGCAAGUUCGCACUCAUGUCACUGAAUACCACUUCGAUUCCACGCAACUGCUCCGGUGGUCUGAGCUGAAUGCUAGCCUAGCUCAUAGUUCUGGUAUCGGCACCUAUAGAACAAACUUCACCUGCCCACAGAGUCUUGGAUCGUUGGCGGACGGAGGGCGCCCUGGAGCUUUCUUGUCGUUGCCUCCUAUAGAGCACACGCUCCGUGGGUCCAUCAACGGCCAGCCACUGCCCGCAUUCGAUUCGAUCCAGCCGCUGGCGGAUCUCACGCCGCACUUGCGCUGUGGUGGCAAUGAUGAUAACACGAACGAAUUGGCGGUCAUCAUCUCGACCCCACUACUGAAUGCCGUCAAGCAUGAACUGAGUACCGCAAUAUUUAUUGGCAUGACUCUGGAGAUGAUCGAUGAACGGUACCAUGACCUCGACUGGAUGCCACACGGCCUGUUGGGCCCUGUGGAAAUCAAAUGGGUGAUAUGGAAAGAAGCGACUGUGGCGAGUAUUCCAAGGAUCUCAAGGGCGACGAGCGUGUCAACCAAGUUGAGAAUUUCUAAGAAAAGGAUCACUCUGUGCACAUUUAUGGCGGCAGUAUCCAUAAUGAUGCCAUGGUAA